CAAGCCAAUAGCCAACCAUCAGCAGCCACAAAAGCCGCCGUCUCUUCGGCUCUCGAUUCGACCAGCAAUGGAGGAGCAGGGCAGGGCAAGCAACAAGAUCAGGGACAUCGUGCGGCUGCAGCAGCUGCUCAAGCGGUGGAAGCGGAUGGCGGUGGCGCCGGGCGGCAAGGGCUCCAAGAACGGCGGCGGCGGCGUCGUGCCGAAGGGCUCCUUCGCCGUGUACGUGGGCGAGGAGAUGCGGCGGUUCGUGAUCCCCACCGAGUACCUGGGCCACUGGGCGUUCGAGGCCCUCCUCCGGGAAGCGGAGGAGGAGUUCGGGUUCCGGCACGAGGGCGCGCUCCGGAUCCCCUGCGACGUCGAGGCGUUCGAGGGCAUUCUCCGGCUCGUCGCCGGCGGCAAGAAAGACGCCGCCGGGACGUACGACUGCUCCUCCGAGACCGAGAUCUUGUGCAGAUGACGGCUGACGCGAUGGACUCGUAGGAGUUCUUGCUUUGCUGCCUGCUCUGAAGAUUCAGUCGGAGAUCUUAAUUCUUUUUUUCCUCUCUCCUUUCUUGCGUUCUCCCGUUCUUUCUUCUCGGUUUUAGCUGAAGAAAGGGGAAGAGGUUGCGGCUAGUUUGGGUCUGUAAUUUGUACACCGGGAAGUGACGAUAAAGGAUUGUUCUAAUCUAAUCUUAGGCA